AUGGCCUGCCCGGCCCCCACUGCCACCUGCUGCCUCGGCUCCACUCCCACCGUCUCGUCCAAACCAGCGCUGGCUCUGACUCUCCUGCCCUCCUUUCCCCCGCCAGCGCGCCCCCCUCCUCACCAUGCUGAGCCCCGCUCCGCCCCGCCCCCGCACUCCUUCGUCCCCAGUCGGUGUUUGGAUGGUCCUAGCCCCAGCGCCCACCCGUGUUUGCUGAAUGAGUGGGGCGCCCGAUGCGGUUUUUCAGACUCGGGGCUUUUCUUGGUUCCUCUCCUGGCCCUAACCCUGGCUCUGGCCGACACCAACUUCCCCCAGUUUCUGCCUUGCGAACUUCAUCGUUUUGGCGUGGUGGACUGUGACCGGCGGAGCCUGGGCUGCGUGCCCUCCUUUCCUGGGGCAACUCCGUCGGCCUUGGCCAAUGUCACAACCCUCCUGCUCCGGCACAAUCACAUCAGCCACCUCCAACCGGCUCAUUUUAGUCAUUUGCGCAGCCUGCGGAGGCUCUUCCUUAGGUGGAACUGUGCGCCCAUCAACCUCACGGCCCUUCACCUGCCCUGCCAUAUGGUCAUUGAUCAAGGCACCUUUCUGGAGCUGCCCAAGCUGGAAUUCCUGGACCUGUCGGGGAACAGCAUCACCUCGAUCCCCGAACUGCCCCGGUCGCUAACUGGAUUGGUCAUCAGCCGCACCAUGAUCCUGGCGUUGGACUCAGUCACCUUCUCGGGACUCCCCAGCCUGCGCUCCCUCUAUAUGGAUGGCAAUUGCUAUUACAAGAACCCUUGUGGGCGGGAGGUGGACGUGCCGUCGGGGGCACUGGCCCACCUGCACCACCUCACCAACCUGUCCCUCAAGUACGACAACCUGACGUCAGUCCCUCGGGGGCUGCCUGCCAGCCUGCAAAUGCUGCUCAUCUCCUCCAACCGCAUCAUAAGCUUAGCCCCCCAAGACUUUGCUGGACUGCCGGCCCUACGUGUGCUGGAUGUGGGUGGGAAUUGUCGGCGCUGUGACCAUGCUUAUAACCCUUGUGUGGAAUGCCCCAAGGGGUACCCCGAGGUGCACCCGGACACCUUCAGCCACCUGGGAGCGUUAGAGAGCCUGAUACUGAGUGACAACUCCUUGAGUCAGCUUGACCCGCGCUGGUUUCAGAACCUCACCAAUCUCACCGGGUUAGACCUCAGCGAGAACUUCCUCUCUGAGGAUAUCACCAACACCACGGCCUUCCAAAGCCUGGCCAAGCUGAAGAAGCUGAAACUGGCCUUCAACUACCACAAGAAGGUGUCCUUUGCCCGGCUGCACCUGGCCCCCUCCUUCGGCAAUCUGAAGUCCCUGGAGGUGCUGGAUAUGACCGGUAUCUUUUUCCGAUCCCUUACUCGGGCUACCCUCCAGCCCUUGCUAGGGCUCCCUUCCUUCCAGAAGCUGCUCUUGCCCAUGAACUUCAUCAGCAAGGCCGAUCUGAGUGUCUUUGGCCAAUUCCACUCCCUGAAGUUCGUGGACUUGUCUGAUAACAAGGUGACAGGUGUAAGCAAUGCAGCCAAUUUAAGCAGACCACCAACGGCCAGCACAGGGCCCCUUCUAGGGCUGAAGAAAGCCUUCCACCCUCCUGCCUUUGAGUACUUUAUGCCCCAAUGUAACUCAUCGAAUUUCAUCCUAGACCUCUCCCAGAACAACCUGAUCACCAUCCAGCCAGAGAUGUUUGAUCAGCUGUCUGCUCUUGAAUGCCUGAGGUUGUCUAGCAACAGCAUCACCCAAGCAGUCAACGGCUCCCAGUUUAGCCGGCUGACCAACUUGUGGUUGCUGGACUUGUCCCACAACAAGCUGGACUUGUACUAUAGUGGGUCAUUCACUGAACUGCCCAAACUCAAGGCUCUGGACCUCAGCUACAACAGCCAGUCCUUCCGGGCCCACGGUAUUGGCCACAAUCUGAGUUUUGUGGGGCACCUCCCUAGCCUGCGCUAUCUCAGCCUGGCUCACAAUCAGAUCUACACCAGGGUCUCCCAGAAACUCUUCAGCAACUCCUUAGUAGCCCUGGACUUUAGUGGCAACCUGCUUAGUAGUAUGUGGGCCGAGGGUAACCUCUACCUGCAGUUCUUUCAGGGUCUCAGCAAGCUGCUCUGGCUGGACCUGUCCCAGAACAAACUCCGCACUCUGCCUGACCAGGCCCUGGACAAUCUGCCCAAGAGCCUCAGACUGCUCUGGGCCAAGGACAACCACAUUACUUUCUUCAACUGGAGCAGCUUGCAUUUCCUGCCUUCCCUGCAGGUGCUUGACCUAUCUGGGAACCGGCUGGGCCGCCUGGCCACGGGCCACAUCCCCGGUAGCACCCGGCUUCACACAUUGAACCUCAGUCGGAAUGGCAUCGAUUAUAUCGCCCAGGGCUUCUUUGCCCCAGCCACCAAACUGCGGGUACUUAACCUUUAUGGCAAUGCUCUGAAGACCUUGGAUCGAGGCUGGUUUGGGGGCCUGGCACCCUUCCUGGAGGAGCUGAACAUCGGGGACAACCCACUGCAUUGUGAGUGUGAUGCCACCUUCCUAGAUUUCCUACUGGAGAUUCAGGCAUCUGUGCCUGGCCUCACCAACGAGGUGGUGUGCGGAAGCCCCUUUCCGCUCCAGGGCAAGAGCGUCUUCAUGCAGGACCUGCGUCUGUGCCUGGACGUGAGGCUGGCCUGCAUCUGCUUUGCGGUCUCCCUGAUGGGCACACUGCUGACGUUGGCCAUGCCCACCCUCCAGCGACUGUUUGGCUGGGACCUCUGGUAUAUCUUCCAUCUGGGCCUUGCCUGGCUGCCGUGGAGAGUCUGGCAGAAGCGGAAGGCCUCGGCGCAGUUCUAUGACUACGAUGCUUUUGUGGUGUUUGACAAGGCCCAGGAAGCCGUGGCUGACUGGGUAUACAACGAGCUGAGGGUGCGCAUGGAGGAGGGGAAAGGCAGGGGGAAGGGGCGGCCCCGCUUCCGGCUGUGCCUGGAGGACCGGGACUGGCUGCCUGGGAAGAGCCUCAUCGAGAACCUCUGGGACUCCGUGUAUAACAGCCGCAAGACCCUCUUCGUGCUGUCUUCCCGUGGCCCGGGGGUCAGUCAGCCGGUCAGCGGCCUGCUUCGUGCUACCUUCCACUUGGCCCAGCAGCGGCUGUUGGACGACAAGCAAGACGUAGUGGUGCUGGUCAUUCUGAACCGUGCGGCCCGCAAGUCCCGCUACGUCAGGCUCCGCCAGCGCCUCUGCCGCCAGACUGUGCUCUUCUGGCCUCAGCAGCCCAGUGGCCAGGACAGCUUCUGGGUCCAGCUCUGCACUGCCUUGGCCACGAACAACCGGAGCUUCUAUAACCAAAACUUCUGCAGGGGACCCUGA